AUGAGAUUGAGCGACGAUAUAAUGAAAAUCAACAUGUUAUGCUUGGCCGAUCUUCUUUGUGCUGUUUUAUUCGAAUUUAUUCCGGCAGUUAUUAUUCAAAAAAUUGGAUCAUCUGACAAUAUUGGUCCAAUAAUUGGUGUUUCGAGAACAAUUGGAAGAGUUUUUGAGGGAAUUACAAUUAUUCUACUUAUGCGAAAAAAUAUAAAAAUAGAUAUUCCAAGAUCAGCUUGGAAAAACCAUGUAGUGGAAUAA